AUUCUGGUGGGGACAACCGAGAGCAGGAUGUGGCCACUUUAUCCCUCACAGCUAAAGUUUUCAGCCCCAGAGUCCUAGCUUUGCCUCGGGACAAUUUAGGUUUGCCGCUGAGAGCCAAAUGUGAAGAAGAAACCUGGAGCCAAGGAAGCUCGCCAGAGCUCUGCGGAGAGGGCCAGAGCCUUGCUGAAGGAAACAGAGAGAGGAAAACAAGUUUAAAAAUCCUCCAUGAAGUGUGCUAUGCUCUGCCAUUUAUUCCCAAAGCUCCUGGAGGCAUUCCUCUCAGGAAAGGUGGAGUUGGUGGCUAGAAGCCGGACGUGAGAAGACCUCCUGGGAGGACAGACUAAUCCAUUUUUUGAAUUUCCUAUGUGGGGACAGUCUUAGAGCCCUGGCAAGGCUUUGAGACGCCCCGAAGAUGAGUGCUAACAGCCACGCCAUGAGCCAGCUUCUCUGGCAGGGCCCCAUGUGCGUUGGCUGGAAGCGGGAUCUGGAAGGGGCGGUCUACCAUCUGGCCAACUGCUUGUUGCUCCUGGGCUUCAUGGGGGGCAGCGGGGUGUAUGGAUGCUUCUACCUCUUUGGCUUCCUGGGCACGGGCUACGUGUGCUGUGUGAUGUGGGGCUGGUUUGAUGCUUGCGGCCUGGACAUCAUCCUCUGGAGCUUCCUGCUGGCAAUGGCCUGCCUGCUCCAGCUGGCUUACCUGAUCUACCGCCUGCGCAGCAACACCCUCCCUGAGGAGUUUGAAGUCCUCUACAAGACACUGUGUCUACCCCUGCAGGUGCCUCUGCAGGUGUACAAGGAGAUUGUUCACUGCUGUGAGGAGCAGAUCUUGACUUUGGCCACUGAGCAGACUUACGCUGUGGAGGGCGAGACACCCAUCAACCGCCUGUCCCUGCUACUCUCUGGCCGGGUUCGUGUGAGCCAGGAUGGGCAGUUUCUGCACUACAUCUUCCCUUACCAGUUCAUGGACUCUCCUGAGUGGGAAUCGCUGCAGCCUUCGGAGGAGGGAGUGUUCCAGGUCACUCUGACUGCCGAGACCCCGUGUAGCUACAUUUCCUGGCCCCGGAAAAGUCUCCACCUUCUUUUGACCAAAGAGCGAUACAUUUCCCACCUCUUCUCAGCCCUGCUGGGCUAUGACAUCUCAGAGAAGCUCUACGCUCUCAAUGACAAGCUCUUUGCCAAGUUUGGGCUGUGCUUCGACAUCCGCCUCCCCAGCCUCUACCACGUCCUGGGGCCUGCGGCCUCCGAUACAGGGCCAGAGUCGGAGAAGGAUGAUGAGGAAGCCCGUGAACCAGCCAUACCCACAUCCGCCCAGCAAACACCCCCUCGCUCUCCUCUUCCGGCUUCUGCCAGCCCCCCUGCACCUCCUUCCCGGGCCAGGAUGUCCAGGCCCGACAGCGGCCUCCUGGGUGAGGACUCCACCAGUCUGGUGCUGGAGGAUUUUGAGGAGGUGUCGGGAUCAGAAUCGUUCAUGGAUUAUAGGAGUGAUGGGGAGUACAUGAGGUGA